AAUCGGGGAAAGAAUUCCCUACGUCUUCUUAAACCGGCUGUUUUCCCUUCAAGAAUUCAUCCCAAGUCAGGAACACACAACAUAAAGGAGUCAACUAUACUAUACAAAACUGCAAACCCACAUAUAUACCACCAAUACCGUUGCAAUGGAUUUUGUCUCAUUAACCGACUUUUUAAUUUAUAAUUUCCGCAUGAAGAUCGCCAAAAUAGCGGGCAUACAAGCUCGCUUACAACAAGACAUCAAGUUCUUCUCUUGGGGCGAUCCUGCAGGCAAGCAAGUAUUUGUGGACGCCCGAAGAUACUACCUUGAUAUUUUAAAGAUAUCGUUGGCACAGCUACGCGAAGCAAUGGGAAAACCUGAGCUAGCGACUGUAGAUGAUACUUACGCCGUCGAGGAAAUCAUGAGGAGAGUCAAACCGGUUAGCGAGAGUUACCUGAGACAACUCGUGAAAGACAACAGGAUCACCGAAGACGAAAUGGACUGCAUAAUAGCAGGCAAAUACACCAGUGUCGACGAUUUCUUCGAUGACUUGUUCAACGUGGGUUCCCCUGGGAAAGAGAGUGAUGCGAGUUCUACUGGAGCUACUGUGGGUGAUGAAUCGCCCGUCACUGAAGAAGCCGUGAAAUACGACAACAACGGCUUUCUGAUAGAUGGCAACGGCCAAGCGGAAACUAGCAGCAGUGUCAAUCCUGCUGCUACCAAUGAUAUAGAUAUGCCAGAUGCUACAGACAUGGCAUCUGGUACAAGCAUGAUUCCACUGUCACCGCUACCGACAAGACCUGAGCCGUUUUCAUUUUCAUGGGCAGAUGACGUGGAGGAAGAACUCGAGGCAUUGGCUGUCCAGCAAGUAAUAGAGCAGCAAGUGACUGCGACGGCAACGUCACCAGAAAAUGUGCCAGCAUCACCCCGACGCACACCCUCACCUCCUCUUUCCCCCGAAAGCUCAAUAUUCGAGUUUAUAGACCUCGACGGUGGUAACAGUGACCCGCCUGACGCAUCUUUCGGUGCUACACCAAUUCCCGAGCAGCCAGCCACACCCGUGGCAGAGGCUGCAGCCAGUACAUCCCGGGUUCCAGAUACGCCCAGUCAACCCGAGGUCCCCGUCCCCGUCCCCGAACCAGCGGGCCUAGUCCAAAGCCUGACCGAAGAGAACGCCUCCAAGAUCUGGGUAUGGAACACGCCAGAGGGCGGAGAUGAGAUCCUCGACACUUGGGUCGAAGAUAAGGCCAUGUGGUUCUGGCAGUGGGAGAUCAUCUUCGCGGCGAGGCUCACGGCGCACAGGUUCAAGCAGGACUUUCGGGAUGCUAGGAGCGUGUACAAGGUGGACCCCUUUGCGGAUGAGGUUUAGAAGGGAUGGAACCGGACAGGGCAGCACAGGACACACUGGUAGGAGGUAGUUGCUUGGAAAAAGCGCAGGUUGGAUAUUUCGGUGCGGUUUUACGGGAUAUUUAGAUUCAUGAUACACAGUACGAUACCC